CUAUUAGACUGCAGCCUGCUUGACAAGAAACCAAGGCUGAAGCCUAUUUGACAAGAAACCAUAUCUACCACCCUGAAUUUCACAUAUAAAAUUCUCCAAGGCAACUCAAUGAAAUGCUGCAAACAAACAAACCACCACACUAACCUCCAUUAUUAGACACUCUUCGAGCUCGCAUUAUCCUCAAUCCCACCAUUGUCAAUCUUAUCGCUCAAGCAAUAAUACUCAAAUCUCCAUGGCCAACUUCUUCAUCUUCCUCAUCUUUGGCGUCUCAUUCUUCCCUGCUUUGCUUCUCUUUCAUCCAACGCCCCACAAGAUCCAUUUUCGCUUCCCGAAUCUCUACCCUGAAGGCCUUGCUUGGGACCCACUGACCCGCCACUUCUUCGCAGGAUCUCUUAAUCAACGGAUCAUCGCCGCCGUCACCCAUGCCGGCGUUUCUGAAACCUUCAUCUUCGACUCUUCCCUCCCCGAAAACGUCUCCUUCAUUGGUCUUUCGGUGGAUUCCGUCAACAGACGCCUCCUCGCCGUCGUCCACUCCAUCGAGCCUCUCCCUCCGUUUGACGCCCUCGCAGCCUACGAUCUACGUACUCGGCAACGACUCUUCCUCUCCGUCCUCCCCGAUGACGGCGGAGCCGGUCGUCCGAUCGCGAACGACGUCACUGUGGAUGACGAGGGAAACGCCUACGUCACGAACUCCGCGGGGAGCUACAUAUGGAAGGUGAACGGCAAAGGAGAGGCGUCGAUAUUCUCGAGGUCUCCGCAGUACACAGCCCAUCCUGUGGACCGCGACGUACAGUAUAAUAAUUGCGGGCUGAACGGGAUCACUUACGUCGGCAAGGGGUAUCUCUUGGUGGUGCAAUCCAAUACGGGGAAGAUGUUCAAGGUCGAUGCACGCGACGGAACGGCGAGGCUUGUGAAGCUGAACGAGGACUUGAUGGGAGCAGACGACAUUGCGUUGCGAAAUGACGGCGUCGUUUUGGUGGUGUCGCCUGUGAAUAAGCUGUGGUAUAUGAAGAGUCAACACAAUUGGACGGAGGGAAGGGUGUUUGACAAAAUUAACCUUGAUUUAGAAAGAUUUCCCACUUCAGUGGUAGUGGGGGAAGGGAAUAUGGCGUAUGUGGGAUAUGGGCACGUGGACGAGGGUAUAAUGGGAAAUUCGUGGAGGGAGAGUUUCAGCAUAGAAGAAGUGAGAUCAAAAAAGGAUGAAAAUAGUCAUAUUUGGAUGGUGCUAAUUUUGGUCGGGAUGGGGUUGGUUUCUUUUAUGAUUUUGAGGCUGAAGACGCCAAGGCCUGUCAAUAAAGGAAAGAAGGUCAAUUAAGUUAGGAUAAAACAAAUAAAAUUAAAGUAAAUAAUUUUGAGUUAAAAAUAAAUCUGUGAACUUUGAAAAAAAAUUGAAUGAUUGACUAGAGUAGCACUUGAUCCCCUAUUGCUUGUUAAAGACUUGAACCUAUCAUAGUUCUCCUCGUACUGGUAGAAAUAUCAAUGGUGU